CUCGUGUGUGGAGAAGGGGAGGCAAGGGAGGGAGAGCCUGCCAGCCGCCCCGCCGUCCUGACAGUGCCUGCGCUGGAUGCACAGCGGCCGCGGGACACCUCGGCGCGGAGCGCGGCGAGGAGAUGCGCAGGGGUGGUGGGCUGCGCCGCGGCACUCAGCCCCUCUAGGCUCGCCCAUGGAGCGUCCCGCGGAGCCCCGUCCGCCGUCGGAUCCCCCACGCCGCUGGUGAGAGCUCUGCUUGUUCUGUAAAGUGGAUGUCAGGUGGAUCUAUGUUCUGGAAGAAACAAAGAGGCAGCGAAAGCAGCGCGGGGGAAGUUUGAGCGGCGAGGAUGCAGGCUGUGUACUGGUACGCGGUCCUUCUCCUGCAGCCCACUCUCUACCUGGUUACCUGUGCAAAUUUAACAAAUGGAGGAAAAACAGAACUUCUAAAAUCAGGAAGCUCCAAAUCCACACUAAAGCACAUAUGGACAGAAAGUAGCAAAGACUUGUCCAUCAGCCGACUGCUGUCACAGACUUUUCGUGGAAAGGAAAAUGAUACAGAUUUGGACCUGCGAUACGAUGCCCCAGAAACUUAUUCUGAGCAAGAUCUCUGGGACUGGCUGAGAAACUCCACAGAUCUGCAAGAACCUCGGCCCAGAGCAAAGAGACGGCCCAUUGUCAAGACUGGGAAAUUUAAGAAAAUGUUUGGCUGGGGAGAUUUUCAUUCCAACAUCAAGACUGUGAAGCUAAAUCUGUUAAUAACAGGGAAAAUCGUUGACCAUGGCAAUGGGACGUUUAGUGUUUACUUCAGGCAUAACUCCACUGGUCAAGGGAAUGUAUCUGUGAGCCUAGUGCCCCCUACAAAAAUAGUGGAAUUUGACUUGGCACAACAGACAGUGAUUGAUGCCAAAGAUUCCAAGUCCUUUAACUGUCGAAUCGAGUAUGAAAAGGUUGACAAGGCUACCAAGAAUACGCUCUGCAACUAUGACCCUUCAAAAACCUGUUAUCAGGAGCAGACCCAGAGCCACGUGUCAUGGCUUUGCUCCAAGCCCUUUAAAGUAAUCUGUAUUUACAUUUCCUUUUAUAGUACAGAUUAUAAACUAGUACAGAAGGUGUGUCCUGAUUACAACUACCACAGUGACACACCCUACUUCCCUUCAGGGUGAGGACCAACUUGUGUCUGAGACUGAAGCCUGGGGAAUAAAAGAGUUCGAAUUACAGGGCUGUAACCUCAAGGAGGAAGGCCACAUCUAUUGCCUGGAAUGUGUCUACCUGCUGCUGCUGAUGUCAAAUGGCUGCAAAUAUGUUAGUGGAAAACAAUCUAAUGUAUUUUUUGCCCAGUCAGCUCCAUGUAUCCAUCUAGGUGUAAAUCACUAUGGAUUUGAAAUAAAACCAUUACACAUACACAGAGACACACACACACUUUUCAGUGCACAUUAUUGAGAUUCCUGUUAAGAAAUCUUUCAUUGUCUGAUAUCUAAGGAUUCAGCAUAACCUAUCAUCAAGCAAAAUGGAUUAACUAGACAGUACAAGGUUUCUAAGGCAGACUGUUAUGGAAAUCUCCUUGAAAGUCCUUUGAGUAUAUGCCAAUCAAUAAUCCCCACUCAUGCAUUCUACUGCUUGGAGCAGCUGUACUGGUGAAUAAUACUGUAGGAAAAAGUACUUGUUAAAAUGGGAAAAAAGUGUGUUUAGAGUUCAGUAUUCUGUAUUAUAUAAGCACAGUAAAGUGUCGUGACUUUUCCCAGCACACAGUAGGCACAUUCGAGGUGGUGUUGGUGGCUCUUUUUCCACAGAGCAAGCCUGUUUCUAGUAAAGAUGGGCAAACAUUUGGAAUUUACAUGUGAGCAGACAUUCUGGUUUAAUGUUUCUCUGACUCUUUAAGCUCUGAUUCUUUAAACUUGUUUGAGUUUAGGCCAGUUAAACUACUUAAAAACUGGAAUUGAUCUCUAAGAAGGAAAAUGCAUAGUGGAGAACAUGUAAGUUAUAAGUGGCUGUCUUAUCUUUAUUACAAAAUAUUGUAACAAAUUCAAUAUCCUAGUCUUCAUUUGUAUGAAUGGUUUGUAUUGUACAUAAUUUAACCAGUGUUAUUUGAGCUGCUUAUUAAUAUUAACUUGUAAUUGUCUCUCUGCUUGUUAUUGUUUAAAACAAUCAAAGAAAUGAGGAAUCCAUUUUAUCAAUGUAGCUGUAAACUCCAUUAAAAGACAGAACUAUGUACAAAGCAUUUAUUCAGCUAAAGUAUUGUUGAAAGCUAUACAUAUACGACAUUACAGUCUGUCUGUAUUUAGAUAUUUUAUUUCCAGAGGAAAAAAAUGAACUGUACAUAAAAAUAAAAAAUCUUAAAGUUGAGUUUCAAUAUGUACUGUGUAGAUAGUAGUUUAAAUAGUUCUGAUAAGCGCGUAAUGCUCCAAGUCCAAUAUGAUUUUCAAUAUUGUCUCUUUGCAUAUGUACAUAUAUAGACAUCUAUUUAUGAAUUUGUGUGUGUGCAUAUUUGUGUGUGUAUAAGUACAUGUGUGUGUGAGUGUGUGCAAAUACAUAUAUAUGUUGAAUACAUAAAACUUUCUUGAGCCCUUUUCCUAGCAAACAGAUCUUAUUACUGAAGGUCUUGCUAGUUCAAGCAGAAGCCCCCACUCCGAUAAGAAAUUACAGAUGCAGGGCUUUGUUUAAAAUGAGUCAUUAUAAUUUAGAAGUGGGAACACAUAGAGCCACUCUCUGUGUACAAAGGCCUGUCUUUGCCUUAAUUUUAGCCUCCUGUGAGGUACUGAUCUCUAUAGAAUGAAGAGAUCCCUUUUUAUGGUACUAGGGAAUUUUCUUCCUGUAAGAAAAAGCUCAUAGCUUUUUUAUAUAUAUAUUUUGUGGAUAGUGGCAUACUUUACCCCCAACAUCCAGAAAACCAGCAACAGUAAGAAGUCCUUGCCUAAAAGAAGGCUUCCCAAAGAACUCAGUAUUUCAUAUAAUGUCUUUCAGAAUUAUCAUUCCUGGAAAUGUUUUCUUUCCCCUUCCACCCUUGCCUUCAUAUUCUGUGCUCUUGGGUCACAGCUGCAAAUGCAAAUAUGGGUCAGCUUCCAGCUAUGUGCAGCAUUAUGAACAACUUUUCCAAAAUCCCAAUAAACACUCCACUAGUGCUUCAAGAACAGAAAAGUUCAAAACAACUACCAGUUGAGGACCUCUUUUGCUGAAAUGUGCAGAACAUAAAUGAAAAUAGAACAAAGAAAAUGGAUAAUGUUAUUGAAAGUAAAUGUUUUCCCAAUGAUGUACCAGUAGGAGACUUUCAUAUUAUUAUUGCUUUGGCUUCUUUGAAUAGAUAUGCUUGUGGUUAUUUCCUCAUUAUGUAUGACAUUUCCCAGGACAAAACUGUGACCCCAGACCAUGUCUAGAUUUGGAGAAAGAAAUUUUCCAAACCAUGUAGUCCAUAUUCUGAUCUUAUUCAGGAAUAUGCUGACACAUAAAUUUUGUUUUCUUUUGACAGGGAUCAUGAUUAAAGUGGUAGUGUUUAUCCCUUGUGCUCUAUUAAAAGUAAUUGUUAUGAAUACAAACCAUAAAUUACUUUGUGUUGUUGCCAAUAAUUAUAUCUUGGGUCUAUUAAAUCAAUGGGAAUUUUGCUAUUGAUUUCAAAAAGUUCCAUUUAAUAGUAUGUAGAAAUCCGGUGUUAAAUAUGAUUAACAAUCUUAGCAAUCUGUAUUACAAUUGAGCACUAUAUGGUUCAUUUAUAUUCCUGGGAAAUGGACGUGAAAUACUAUUGCUGGUACAAUUUCAUUAUUUUCUAUAUUUUUUAAAACUUCUCAUAAGUAUAUGAAACAUAUACAUUCUAUUAAUAUAUAAAUAUUUGUCCACUUUUCAGGUAGCAUCCAUACAAAAAGGAACUAUUCAUGAUGCAAUGUUUGAUCCUAUUAAUUGUGGUUGUUGGCAUUUUAUCUGCCUCUGUCACAGUCAUUCAUACUACUAAUUAGUCUUAAGCCUUUGAAGAAUUUGCUAUUCUUCAUAAGCAUUGUUGAGUUUGAAGUUGAAAGAGUUCUUUUGGUGAUUGAGUUGUAAAACAGUGAUUUAAUACUGGAAUAGAUAAUUUAUAACUUAGGUGCUCAUUCAUUGCAUUUUAUUCAAUCUAUAUGGGAAAUAUUUUGUGUUUACUAACUUUGUUAAAGAAUGUUUUUGUUUUGUCAUUUGGAAAAGGAUUUUAAUUAACAUGAAUGUGUUAAGUCAGUUAAACAAUGUAUGUAUGAGUGUCUGGGUCUUGCACACGAACAAUGCCUUAAUGGAGUGCUAGGCCAGGUAAAUGUUGCCACAGUAUAACUCACUAAUUCUAGGAGUAAUAAAGAUGUAUAUCUCUAAAGGUAUAUUUUUAGGAUUAAAGAAGACUAAGUUACUUAUUUUUAAGAAGUGAAGAGACUGUUUCUGUUCACCUUUUUUUUUUUUUAACUUUUAAGUCAUGCUUUGGCUCUUAUUUUCACUUCAUAGAGAAUCACAGAUAGAGAUAUUUUAUUGGAAUAAAUUAUUUCUGGUGGAAAAAUACAUGGAUCAUGCACUUGAGCAAGUAUCAGCAUAUUAAAAUUGCAUUGCAUGGAUCAGUGAUAUUAUUUAUGUGUUCAGUUCCUGUGCUUUUUAAAAAGGACUCCAAGAUCUAGGAAAUGGGUGGUUUGCAAAAAAACCUGCAAAAAUCACUGAUCAAAGUUUUAAAAUGUGGUGGGGACAUGUAAGUCUUUCACUUGUUAAUUUUAUCAAAAUAUUUCAGCCUGGGGCAGAAAAUAUACUGUCUUCUCUCCUAAUGAAAUCACUUGUAAACUUUUAUCCCUUUCUCCCUUCUUCCUCUUACACUGAUAGUAAGCAAACUAAUAAAUUCAUCUUUACACAUUGUUUUUCAAAGUUUGCCCUUACUUAAAAAGUAAUGAUGUCAGAAAACAUUGAAAAUUACUGUAGUAACUUACAGUAAACUUAUAAAUAUUCAAACUCCACUUAUAGGAGAACAGAAUGAAAGUUUUGUAGUGUUCUGAUACAUGUUAGCACAGAAAUUUAAAUAAUACUAUUCAAGUCAUUUGGUCGGAGGGCAGUUUAACUAUGAUUAAAUCAUGACAUCCUCAUGAGUUCUGAAUGCUGUGCUGUAAAUUGCAAUUCUAGUAGAAUAUCAUAAACUGCUCUGAAAAUUAUGUGUUAGAGAAUUGUGGAAGAAAAUGGAUUAAAAAAUAUCUGUGAAGCUUACAGUAAAACCUAAAGUGUAGACAACUGAUCUGAAAAAUUUUUCUUCAACAGAAGACAAUGAACCUCAGUCUUGGCAUCUUGUAGGUCCUCCUCUUGUCCUUCCAUGGCAGAGGUAGUAAAAUUGAAUCUGACUGCAUCUAAUAAAGGAAGAGCAGCUUUUCUCCAGUGAUUUGCACUUAACUGAAUGUCUUAGGACUGCUGGAGACCUCAAAUGGCUGCAUCAAGGAUCUGUUGUGCUAGGAGCUGCAUAAUAUAUAAUGUAUAAAAUAUCUAUUUGGGAAUGGUUUGGAUGCCAAGAAGUCCUAAUUUCCAAGACAGUGUACAGCAGAAUUUUUAUAAAUAAUAUUUCCAUUAUUUUUCUUUUUUUUUUAAUGGUCAGUAUCUUACUAAAAUAUGAUAAAAUUUGAAGAUUAAAUAAUUUUCUGGAUUAAUUUGACAAAAUAAAUAUCUAUGGAUAUGGUUUACACCUUUUACUGCUUGUAAGAGGAACACUCAUUAAAAAUAAACUGUCAUAUGUAAAUAUGAAAUAAAUUUUGGGACUGUGGGAA